CCCGCCUCUAUUUCGUCCCGCCCCUUCAAUUUUGCUUCCUGUUGUCAGUUAUCUGAACGGAAGAAACGCGUACGUUUAAAAAAAAAAAAAAGAAGAAGGAAUAGAAAGUAGAGGUGGUGUUGGUAUCGAAACUGUAUUUAUAUUAUUAUUUUCUACAAGUAUAUAUUAUGGAGACCUGAGCCUCCAGAACAGGUAGCGGAAGGAAGCAGUAGUGCUACAUUAACGCAAGUAUCGCUUGAUCAGAGGAAAAGCGGACAUGGAAGGAGUGCAGAUGAGGAACAACCCGCGCAGGCAACUGAAGAAAUUAAGCGAGGAUAGCUUAACAAAGCAACCAGAGGAAGUUUUUGAUGUUUUAGAGAAGCUUGGAGAAGGGUCCUAUGGCAGUGUGUUUAAAGCUAAUUACAAAGAAACUGGAGAGAUUGUAGCAAUAAAACAGGUUCCUGUUGAGUCUGACUUACAAGAAAUAAUAAAGGAAAUCUCAAUAAUGCAGCAGUGUAACAGUCCACAUGUUGUACGUUACUAUGGAAGCUAUUUCAAGAACACAGAUCUGUGGAUUGUAAUGGAAUACUGUGGUGCUGGAUCUGUAUCUGACCUAAUCAGGCUUAGAAACAAAACGCUGAAUGAAGAAGAAAUUGCUACAGUGUUACAGUCAACAUUGAAAGGACUAGAGUACCUGCACUUUAUGAGGAAAAUCCACAGAGACAUCAAAGCGGGCAACAUACUGCUUAAUUCAGAGGGUCAGGCAAAGCUAGCUGACUUUGGAGUGGCUGGCCAGUUAACGGACACCAUGGCCAAGCGCAAUACAGUCAUUGGAACACCAUUCUGGAUGGCACCAGAAGUCAUACAGGAGAUUGGCUACAACUGUGUAGCUGACAUCUGGUCCUUGGGGAUAACAGCUAUUGAAAUGGCGGAAGGGAAGCCACCAUAUGCAGACAUUCAUCCAAUGCGUGCAAUUUUCAUGAUCCCUACAAAUCCUCCUCCAUCAUUCAAGAAUCUAGAGGAUUGGUCUGAAAAUUUUAGGGAUUUUGUCAAGCAGUGCCUAGUGAAGAGGCCUGAAGAGAGAGCAACAGCUACCCAGCUAUUGCAGCAUCCAUUUAUAAAAAAUGCCAAACCCAAUUCAAUCCUCCGUGCUUUGAUCAACGAGUCCAUGGAAAUCAAAAACAAACGGCAAGAAGAAAAGCAGAGGGAGCUGGAUCAAGAUGACGAUGACACGGAUGAUGAUGAGACUGAUUCUGGUACCAUAUUGAGAGCAGGAACGGGAGAUUCUGGUACAAUACGUGCUGCCAGCACCCUUAGCGAGGGUUCGCUAACUAUGGUGGAACGGGACAGUGGCUUGGACUCUUUAAUGGGCACUAUGGUUAUCAACAAUGAAGAUGGCGUUGAGGAGGAUGAAGAAGCAGGGACAAUGAAAAGAAAAGAUGAGACGAUGCAGCCUUCAAAACCAUCCUUCUUGGAAUAUUUUGAACAAAAGGAGAAGGAAGUUCAUGCAAACAACUUUGGGAACAGCAAUGACUCUGACAUCUCCAAAACAACAACAGAGAUGGAUUUAGAGAUGAUGAAGAGCUGGAGUGUUGAAGAGCUACAGAAGAAGCUGGCCACCCUUGAUCCAAAGAUGGAGCAAGAAAUAGAAGAGAUACGCCUACGUUACCAGGCCAAGCGACAGCCUAUUCUGGAUGCCAUUGAGGCUAAGAAACGCCGCCAGCACAACUUCUAACUAAAGUGAAGGCACCCUGUAAUUGUUGUUCUAGGGGUUGGUUACUUUUUGUUUUAAAAAUAAAACGAGGACACAAAAGGACUAGCGAUUACAGUCUUUACAGCACAAGAACUCAGUGUUCACAUUUUUUUUUCUCUCACAUCUUGAUUGAAACAUUUCAAGGGCUAAAAUUUCGAUGAUGAGAGAAAACGUGAAUGUGAACUAGAAUUUUUUUUUGAUUGCCUUCUACUUCAGAUUCAUCCAUUUUUUUUUUAACAAUUUUUAGUUGCCGUAUGCCUCAUUUUUUGCUCACUGGAGCUUUUUAUAAAUGGUUUCAUAACGGCAGCUAUUAUAAUACCUCUAAAUCGGAGCGUUCAGUAAAAAGCACGAGGAUAGGCCUCGUUCAUUAUUCAGUACACUGGAAUGAGCAAAUGCUUUUAAUUUUUUAUUUUUUUGAAAAGAGCUGUAUAUAUUUUUGAUAUGCCACCAAGUUCAGACUUGUAUUUAUUUAAAAUAUGUUGUUUUAAUAAUACAUUUGCCAUUUGGUACAAUUUUUCAUUGUUCGUGGCCUCUAUUGAGAAGGUGGCUUUAAACCGGGAGCCUAUACGGCCACAUCAGGAGACAGACAGAUCUGCGAUCUGUGAACUACCUGUUACAUUAGCAGUUUUAUUUAAAAUAUCAAUUUGUGGUUUUUCUCAUUUAUUUGGUGGGGGAAGAUGGGGGAGACGUGUUUGGGUAGGCAAUUUUUUUUUUCUAAGCUGUCUACUGGUACUUUGAAGAUUAGCUUUUUAAAUUGAAAUAGUAUUAAUCUAGUAAGCAAAAAUUUAUUUUUUAAAUCUCCUUCUUCUUCUGGCCAAUGCAACUUUUUCUUGUAACAUUAUAGAAAUGUGCAUUGUUUUUUUGUUUUGGAAUUUUUUUAAUACAGAAUUCCUGGUUAGUCUUCAGCCCAGGACCAAAGGUGAAUUAUAAUUUCACCCAUAAUUCUUGAAUAUUGCUCUUUGUGGAUCAAUGCAGCUUCAUUAAUUUGGAUAUUACACAACUGAAGAGAAAAAAAUAUUUAUACUUACUGUAUAUCUGAAGACUUUCCAUACUCCAUCAGUAAGCAAACUUGAGUUUAUGGUCUAUAGUGCAAUGUUUAAUUUAUGUUCUACACAUAUAUACAUGUGUCUUAUGUUUCUUUUUCCAUUCUGCAUUUAUUAUUCAGUACAGAGUGUUGUGUUUUUGUUGGUGUGAUACAUAUCUAAAAGCAUGGAUUAUAUGGUACUCAUCCAUCAUUUAGUCAUCAUAUUUCAAAUUUAAGAUGGUAUCUAAAUACAAAGGAUAUAGGAAACAUGGUUCAUUCAUUUACCUCAAGCACAAAAGCUCUUCUAGUGCCUUGCUAUCAGGCUGUUCAAAUCAUUCACUACUGCUGUAAAUUAAAACACAGCAGCAAAAUUCACAUCUGUAACUAAAAAGUAAUAUCAUGCAUAACUCCAGUUGGAGCCAAGUUUAAAAUCUUACUUUCUUGUAUGAUGUUUUUGAAUGUCUUUGCUCCUGUUUACCCUUCAGAACCUAAUAUUUCAAUACUCAAGUUUGUACAAUGCAAUUAAGAGAUUCUUAAAAUUCUUAUGGUAAAUAGAACUACUGUUAGUGAUGGCUUUAUAUUUCAGAGACCACACAUUCUGGAUAGAUCUGUCAGUAUUGUAACUACCCAUCUAUCAUAUCAUUUAAUAGACGCUUGAAGACCAUUUACUUUAGUAUAGCAUGCUCAUCAGCUGCAGAUGAGAUGGUUCAUGUUGCUUUUUAAUAACUGUGACACUUUUCAAUGGACUUUGCAUGUUUUCGUAUUUUUAAAUGUACAGAUUGUAAUACAAUACAAUCUGGCGCCCUGCCCGGGGUUUGUUUCCUGCCUUGCGCCCUGUGUUGGCUGGGAUUGGCUCCAGCAGACCCCCGUGACCGUGUAGUUAGGAUAUAGCGGGUUGGAUAAUGGAUGGAUGGAUUGCAAUACAUUCAACACUGUGGACUAAUUAAGCAGAAGUGUGCUAUAUAAAACUACUGUUGUGUAAUUGACUGAAAAUGAGUUUGCUUUUAAAGUCAUUUGUGUCUUGUAAGCCAAACAAAGCGAACCGUUGUCACCAGUACAAGUAGCAUGAUGUGCCUGGUUUUCGGACUUGGAGUUACCUAUACAGGUUGAGUUGAGUGCAACUACCAAAUACAUUAGUUCUUUAGUUUUAUUGCAGCUCCACAGAAUAAUUCUUACGUUUUUGGGGAGGAUAAAUAAUAGAAAAUACUUGUAAUUGUGCCUUUCUGAAAUGCUUCAGUCUUAGCAGAGUUUUUUUCCAUUUUUUAACAAUAAUUGAAUCAUCAGCAAAGGAGUAAGUCAAGUAUCUUUGCCUCCGAUAUUUUAUUAUCAAUUUUUAUUUGUGAGAAGGGAACUUCUUUUUUAGAUCCUUUAAGUAUGCGUAUUUUUAUUUAGUACAGGAUCAUUGACGGCAAUUCAGAUAAACAUUAAUGUAAUAUAAAGUAAAAGAAAAGUAAGGACUGUUGACAUCGGAGGACUUGAAAACAAAACUUCAGUUUAUACAGAUUUCAGACAAAAUGUCACUCGGAUCUGCACACCCUUGGGAUAAAAACAAAAUCUAACUGACUCAGCUCUGCUAAAUACCCAACCUAACCAAGGGCUUUAUUCACAAACUGCAAUGCUAUGUGUUGAAUAUGAUUCUUAGUGAGAUUAUAGCUGCCUGAAGCAGGAUCAACACAAGAGACACCAUUGCUUCAAUUUACUCUGGAACUAUUUCCAUGGCUAUUAGGGAAAAGUUGAUCAAAGUAAAUGUAGCACUGAGUGCGAUCAUAGGCCUCUUCAAAGAAAAGGAAAAUGGGAAAGGUCUGUGUGGUAGACAGUCAAGAUAAUUAAUUGCACAGUUAUAGUCAAGACGCAGAUAAUAAUGUAAUCAGCUGGUAUAAUAUGGUUAUGAUAUACUAAAACAGCUUGAGUUUCAACCUUGAUUUGAAUGAGGCAGCUUUGGGCCUUUAAAUCAAUACCUGGAAUUUGAAGAGACCUUACAUUUUCUUAUUAGAAUGUGGAAUCUCAGUUCCUUAAUGUAAAGAGGUGCAAAGCUUUCCUGAAACAUAACUUGAAAUGACUGUAGAGACAUGCAUAGUGGAGUUGUGUGGACACACUUUUUACUUCUAACUAAUGAUUGGUGGCUUCAUUCACUCUUGUUGAAUUCAGUAUUGUGUAGUCGGACAAUUAUAACAGCCUCCCAGUAAAGUCAGUUGUGCCCGCUAUGAAUGAAUGAACUAGCUUUUCUGUAUCCAAUGUAUUUGAGAGGUUGUCAUAAUUGUUUUGUAUUUUUAUGUUAGUGAAAACAGAUUUUUGGUUGGAUAUAUGUUUGUUAAAGGUUAUCAUUGACAGUGAUGUAACACCUGGAGUCUGUGUGGAUUCAGGCAGAUUAAAGUUCAAGCCUUUAGAGUUGUUAGUGUUGUUUGGCUUUUUGUAGUAUUUCCUUUGACUUAUAAGAGUCCUCAAAUACCAUCUUAUCACUUAUCCACUGUUUCUGCCUAAUUCAGACAGUUCAUUUAAUAUACACUGGAGAAAUCACUUACAGCCCAAGAAGAGUCAUCAAAAUGUAAAUGAUUUUAUGCUUUCAGUUGACAUUUCCAAAUGGAAAAAGAGAAACUGAUGUAAGAAAAAACCUUGGGGGACACUGUUAUAGACUGGAAUAUUGGAGUGUUGUUUGUGGGAUUUUUGCCCAUUGUCAAAAUAAUUUGAUUAUAUUGAGGUAAGCCUCUUAAGAACAAUGCCUAAUAAUAAUAAUUCUUUGCAUUUAUAUAGCGCUUUUCUCACUACCCAAAGCACUCAGCAAUUGCAGGUUAAGGGCCUUGCUGAAGGGCCCAACAGAGCAGAGUCCCUGUUGGCAUUUACGGGAUUCGAACCGGCAACCUUCCGAUUGCCAGUGCAGAUCUCUAGCCUCGGAGCCUUCACUCUGCCGUUUAUAAUUUUAACCUAAACAUGUACCCAGCUUAAGGGCUUCCUGUUUCAAAUAUUGCAACAUGAUUAAUAACACAAGUUAAAUGUGGUGUUAUGCUGUGUCUGGCUUGAAUGACAGGCUAGUGUUAGAGCUUGUGGUCUUUAUGGUUAGACUGGACUUGUCCGACUACAGCAUUUUUGUAGAUCUAGACAGGGCAGUGAUUGAAAUCAAUCUAUUCUUCUUAACAUGCAGCUCUGAUUUCUGUAACAAAUAGCUAAUGUGGCCUUUUUGAAGAAUUGCAUUUAAUGGAAUAUUAAUGGAAAUAGAAAAUAAAGAUGGAUGUUAUACUGUAUGCCAAAAACAGUUUUUGAACAAUCUAGUUGGGAUUGGAGGUUGUUGGUUUUAUUAUAGAAAUCACUGGUAGAAUUUCCGGCUCUGUCAUUAACUUAGUUACUGGGAUGGUGUCUGUAUGUAGUAAAACUCUCGAUCUAGGAGUUCACUUCUUCUUCAAUUGCUGUUUCCAUUGUCAGUAGGAAUUUUCCCAACAGUCUAUCCAAAAAACUUAAUUUGUACUCCUUAAUCACUCUGCCCAACCAGACUGAUAAACCUGUCUGUGGUGAAGCAUUUCAGCAUUCUGUUAUAACAGUUGAUUGAUUUUCAAGUUAAAUCCCUUUUUACUUUAACUACAUUUGUAAGAUAGGGUUUUCAAUGUAAUAAUUAUUUUAUGGAAAUGUUGUAGUUAUCUUCAAGCUAAUUUAUAUUAGCGUAACAGCUUAGUUGCCAGGAUUCUAGAAAUUUCAGCAUGCAGUAUCAUAAAGUGCGGUUAUUUAGAUGACACAAUAUUUGGUGCUUACUUGCAUAUUUAUUGGAAAAGGCAGAAACAGACAAAAAUAAAAAAAAAAUAAUAAUUAUAUAGUAUGACCCUUUAUUUCAGAUGAUUUCAGAUUUCUAUCCUAUUAUUGUGGGAAUUGUUACAAGUAAAUUCCAAUCAGAUUAUAAUUGUAUUUGUUUUCCUUCGAGUGUAACUACUGAUUUCCUCUCUUUUAAUUUUUGGUGAACCUCAGACCAUUCACUCGUGUUCAUAAUAAGAACCACAGAAACAGACUUUAAAAAGGCAGCAUCCAGAAUAGAGAAAAGUGAAGUACUAAAUCCUGUUCUACCCCGUAGCCUACUCAGACAACCUAGUUUUUCUCCACUGUUAAAAUAUCUGCUUUUAAAACAGAAUUUAUUUCUUUUGUUCAUUUAUACCAUUUGAUUUCUGUUACAGAUGUUAAUUUAAAAGUACUGUUUUCAAAGAUCAGACCAUAGUAAAGUUUAAGAAAGCCACUUUCUUGUUUACUGUUUCUCAUUUGCUGGCUUGCUCAUGUCAAGUGUGAUUUGAUUCUUUGUAAUUGGAGACAUUCAGCCAGAAACUGACCAAAAUAUUUUCUUUCUCCAAGUGUCAUAGAAUGUGUUUUUGUCUCCUGUGUUAUGAUGCACAGUUAAACAUUGUUAAGUUUUAGUUUACAACUGUAAAUUACUUACUCCUUACCAUCAUGGACUCCGCCUUUCUUCAGUUGCACUUUCUUACUCUAAGACAGCUGACAUGUAGAAGAUGUCUUUAUCGUCUACAUCUACAUCAUGAUCCUGCUUUCUCUUUCCACAGUCCAGUUCCCAUUGUGCUGUAUAUGUUUGUCUUAUUGUGUCCAUACUUUUGCUACAACUUUUUUAUUGAGGGGAAAAAACUUCUUUAAUAUACACCAAAAUUUAUUAUUUGCCUCAGUAUAAAAAAUUUAAUUUAUAUCUGAGUCUGUAAGAAGUUUUGAACUCAUUUUGUUCUGCAUUCACCUUUGUAAAAGUUAGAUAUUUGUGUUGAUUGUUAGUGUGUCAGGCAGUGUACCUCUUGUAAUGUUCAGCAGUAAACAAGGUGCACAGACUCUGUAUAUCCAGGGUGAGUCCUCAUAACAAAAACAAACAAAAUGCACUAUAUAUAAUAUAAAAAAGUGCGUCAUCUGCAACUUAAAACUCUGCUUAUGGAUAACAAUACAGUUAUUUAUAAAGCAACAAAAUCUUAAGAGUCCUUCAUGUAAGAAAUGCUUUCAAUUGCAGAAUUUAUUAAGGAUCAAUUAGUUCUUGUAAAGUAUAAUGAAUAGUACCUAUAUAUUACAAUGUACUGAAUAAAAUAAAAUUGUAUUCAACAAAAAAGUGAUGAUAAACCCCAAGGCCACGCACUCACAGUUGUGGUUUCAAACGCUGGUCAGUUAGUCCUGGUCUAUGUAACGUCUGCACGUUCUUCCCAUGUCUUUCCAGGUACUCUGAUUUCUUCCCAUAUCCCAAAGACGGGCCAGGCUAACUGGCAAAUCAAAAUUUUAUUAUAAUGUAUUAGAUUGGAAUAUGCCAGUUCAGGAAAUGCAAGGAGGGAUGUAAUGGCAAACUUUUGGAAAAACUGGAUACUGUAUUUACAAUGUUUAUAACCUCAAGUGACUUCUGUGCAAAUUUUUAAAAAUUAGAAUUGUUUUAGUGCAACGGGGUUUCAUUCAUUUAAAGUGACGCAGUUAGAGUAACUAAGUUCUAGACUUCAGGGUUGAGAUGCCAUUAAAAAGUCAACCUGCAUACAGUUAGGUCCAUAAAUAUUUGGGCAGAGACAACUUUUUUCUAAUUUUGGUUCUGUACAUUACCACAAUGAAUUUCAAAUGAAACAACUCCGAUGCAGUUGAAGUGCAGACUUUCAGCUUUAAUUCAGUGGGGUGAACAAAACAAUUGCAUAAAAAUGUGAGGCAACUAAAGCAUUUUUUGAACACAAUCCCUUCAUUUCAGGGGCUCAGAAGUAAUUGGACAAAUUAAAUAACUGGAAAUAAAAUGUUCAUUUCUAAUACUUGGUUGAAAACCCUUUGCUGACAAUGACAGCCUGAAGUCUUGAACUCCUGGACAUCAUCAGAUGCUGGGUUUCCUCCUUUUUAAUGCUCUGCCAGGCCUUUACUGCAGCGGCUUUCAGUUGCUGUUUGUUUGUGGGCCUUUCCGUCUGAAAUUUAGUCUUCAACAAGUGAAGUGCCUGCUCAAUUGGGUGACUGACUUAGCCAUUCAAGAAUUUUCCACUUCUUUGCUUUAAUAAACUCCUUGGUUGCUUUGGCUGUAUGUUUUGGGUCAUUGGGUGGCGUUUCAUGAUACAGAUGGACAAUCAAUUUGACUGCUGUAUUUAGCUGGAUUUGAGCAGACAGUAUGUCUCUGAACACCUCAGAAUUCAUUCGGCUGCUUCUGUCCUGUGUCACAUCAUCAAUAAAUACUAGUGUCCCAGUGCCACUGGCAGCCAUGCACGUCCAAGCCAUCACACUGCCUCCACCGUGUUUUACAGAUGAUGUGGUAUGCUUUGGAUAAUGAGCUGUUCCACGCCUUCUCCAUACUUUUUUCUUGCCAUCAUUCUGGUAGAGGUUGAUCUUGGUUUCAUCUGUCCAAAGAAUGUUUUUCCAGAACUGUGCUGGCUUUUUCAGAUGUUCUUUAGCAAAGUCCAAUCUAGCCUUUCUGUUCUUGAGGCUUAUGAGUGGCUUGCACCUUGCAGUUCACCCUCUGUAUUUACUGUCAUGCAGUCUUCUCUUUAUGGUAGACUUGGAUAUCGAUACACCUACCCCCUGGAGAGUGUUGUUCACUUGGUUGGCUGUUGUGAAGGGGUUUCUCUUCACCAUGGGAAUGAUUCUGUGAUCAUCCACCACUGUUGUCUUCCAUGGACGUCCAGGUCUUUUUGUGUUGCUGAGUUCACCAGUGCUUGCUUUCUUUCUCAGGAUGUACCAAACUGUAGAUUUUGCCACUCGUAAUAUUGUAGCAAUUUCUCAAAUGGGUUUUUUCUGUUUUCGCAGCUUAAGGAUGGCUUCUUUCACCUGCAUGGAGAGCUCCUUUGACCGCAUGUUGUCUGUUCAAAGCAAAAUCUUCCACAUGCAAGCACCACACCUCAGAUCAACUCCAGGCCUUUUAUCUGCUUAAUUGAUAAUGACAUAAUGACGGACUUUCCCACACCUGCUCAUGAAAUAGCCUUUGAGUCAAUUGUCCAAUUACUUUUGAGCCCCUGAAAUGAAGGGAUUGUGUUCAAAAAAUGCUUUAGUUGCCUCACAUUUUUAUGCAAUCGUUUUGUUCACCCCACAGAAUUAAAGCUGAAAGUCUGCACUUCAACUGCAUCGGAGUUGUUUCAUUUAAAAUUCAUUGUGGUAAAGUACAGAACCAAAAUUAGAAAAAAGUUAUCUCUGUCCAAAUAUUUAUAGACCUAAGUGUAGAUGUUGGGUCAGACAGGAGAAAGAUUUAAGAUGUUGGCAAUUGUGAAACCUCGAAAGAAAUCCAUUUUAAAUUGAAUAUGCGCUGUCUUCCCAUCUCCUCCCCCUGUACAGUACACUCAAGCUGUUUUAGGAAGUUCCCUUUGGUUUGAUCAUGUUGAAGGUUAAAAGAACAAUCAGGCAGUGCACGGAUCAAUGCUUAGCUCUCCUGUCAUCUUCUUAAAUUACUGGCGUAUCCAUUCAAUAUUCCUGUUUUAGAUAAAAUGGUUGGGUGCAUACAUUUUUAAUGUUGAAAGCGUCCAAUACAACAUGCCUUAAAUCAUUCCUGAUAGCAGAGUUUGACUUGUUUUCUGUAAUCUCAUAGCAGUGCUCCAAAGGUUAUUUUUCCUUCUAAUUCUUGAAAGUUAAAUCAAAAUAGAUUGUAAGUAAAAACUUGUCAUGCAUUAAUCCUGGAAAAUGAACCUUUGAGUGUCUGUAAUAUGUCAUUGUGUGAGGGGCUACAACCUUUAAAUAGUUUUGGAUUAUGAACUUAAGGCACAUGUUAACAUGGCUUGGGAGCUUUGAAAGUCUUCAGUUGCAAUUAGAGGUUGCUUGCUAGAAAGGUGAGACACACCGUGGACAGCUCCAUGCCUCCUGAUGUAUCUGCUGCUGCCGUACUGCGUAAGAAUUCUAAUGGAGGAGCAGGCCGCGUUAGUCCAGUCCGGGUAUGUACUUUCAACAAGUCUAAUGAAUGUUUUAUAUUUGUGUAUUUUAACUGCAAUUUGUUUUUAACAUUUGAGCCUCUGUUCAAGCUGUGUGCAUAACUACUGACCCAAGAAAGCUGCACUGUAAGUUUAAUUUUUCAGAAUGUAUAUUUUUAUUACAGUUAUGAAUAAACAGACAAGCAAGGCAAA